CUAAACCCUAAUUUUUGGGGUUUCUGCCCAUUUUGCAGAUCCUCAGAUCCGAUCCGAUCCUUCCUAUUAAUCCAACCGGAGCUUCCGCUCCAAAGGAGAAAUCUUAACCCAUGACAUCGAAGUUUAUGAAACUCAGCGGCCAAUUCAUCGGCAAAUUCACCCGUGUCACUGCCUUGCCUGCUCAUCACACUGAUAUGGUCCAAAGGGUUUCGAUCUUAAAAAACGAGCUUUUAGCGACGGGUAACAGUAAGGAGAGGUUCGAGAGCGUUCUGGAUCAGAAAGGGCAGUGGCUGUUUAGAAGUUAUCGUGAUGGAGCUGGGAUCGUCGAGCUUAUGGAUCAACUCUUUAGGCUUCCUUACCUAGCUCUUCAGGUUUUGGAGUGGAGAAGAAGACAAUUCGAUUGUUGUAUCCCUUUGACAACUGAGGAGUAUGCGAAAGGAAUCAAGAUCGCAGGUCGAGCUAGGGACAUCAGCUUUGCGGUCUUUCUUUUCAACGAGGCUGCGAAGAAACGAAGCCAGACGACUUCAGUUUACAAUGCUCUGAUGAGUGCUUACAUGUACAACGGACUCGCCGAGGAAUGUCAGUCGGUUUUCAGAGACUUCAGGAGGCAAACGCAUUGUGCUCCCACCGUUGUGACGUAUAAUAUUCUUAUAUCUGUGUACGGUCGGCUUCUGAUGGUGAAGAAUUUGGAAGCAGCUUUUGAAGAGAUGCAGAAACUGAAGCUUUCUCCAAAUGCCAGUACUUACAACUAUCUGAUUGCUGGUUAUGUGACUGCCUGGAACUGGGAUAAGAUGGAAUCUACCUUUCGAGAAAUGAAGAUGGGUCCUGUUGAGCCUGACACGGAGACGUGUCUGCUGAUGCUUCGCGGGUAUGCUAACUCAGGGGAUUUGAAUAAAAUGGAAGAGAUGUACGAAUCGGUUAAAGAUCAGGUUGGUGUCAACAGAGGUGCUUUGGUCAGAGCCAUGAUCUGUGCGUAUUGUAAGAAAGCUGUUGAGGGUAGAGUCGAAAAGAUUGAGAAUCUAUUGAGUCUUCUCUCUGGGGAGGAAUAUUAUCCUUGGUUGAAUGUGCUUUUGAUUCGUCUAUAUGCUCAAGAAGACAUUCUUGAAUCAAUGGAGAGGAGAAUCGACGAGGCCUUUGAGCACAACACGUGUGUUAAUAAAUCGAGUAUUAUGCGGGCGAUCACUGCGGCUUACUUCAGAAGUAAUGAAGUAGACAGUCUUGUUAGUUUCGUCAAGCGUGCAGAGUCUGCUGGAUGGAAGCUAUGCAGGUCUCUCUACCACUGUAAGAUAAUGAUGUAUGGCUCACAAAGACGCUUUGAAGAAAUGGAAGGGGUUGUAAAUGAGAUGGGGGAGACUAAUUAUGGGUUGGUUACUAAGACGUUUGCGAUUAUGGUUAAAGCUUAUAAAAGUCACGGAAUGGAGUUGAAUGCUGAGAGAGUUAUAGGAAAGAUGCUGAAACAUGGGUGUCUACAUAUUCCAAGAACGCAUCUAACUCAAUCGGCUUCAGAUGCAACUCAAGUUGCGUAAAGAGUCCUGUUGUUUUGAGUUGUUCAGUGUUUUUAUCAAGUGUGGGCAUUGGCCAUACAGAAUAUCAAAAGGAUGUAGAACUGUGCCCCAUGACCCUUGAUAAAAAGAUGCUGGCUAGGCGUCCAUAAUCCGUAACCGGAGUUUUGAGAUGAGGUAGAGCACCUUUUGUCUCCCGUCAUAAGUGAACUCAGUCAUCAUUAUGUAGCCACAGUUGUACAUGUUAACGGCAAGAGUUUGAAGCUUCCAUGGCAGAUUUUUGAAUAUAUUGGUGGAUGAGAACCUUGGUAAAACAAAAUAUCUGUGAGUCAUGAGGACAGGGUCUGCAUUUUUUUUACUUGUGUAACAGCUGACAGAUUCUUCUCUCGUAAGAAAAUGAAGAACAGGCUCUGCCAAGUGAAUUUAUUAGUUAUCUUGAAAGACCUGACCGUUUGCACUGUGUUUCUCGUCCUACCAGCGCUCUGUGGGUCCGUUACGGAUAUCACCAAGUCAAACUUUUUGUUGUUAGGUUAUCAGCACUCUUACAUCAUCCACAUCUGCUCUGUCUUUUUUUGCGUUGACCUCUGUUUGUAAUUUUGAGGAAGAGAUAGCUCAGUUACAUCAAUGUUUCGGUAUAGUGUGAACCUUAUUCAGAAAUUCUAAUAAGCCAUGGAGCCUUUUGUCGUUA